CCAGAGACCUCAGUGAACUCGCGUAUUAGCGCAAUUGCACAGACUUUUGUGUGUAUCACCAUGCGAAAAACGAUUAGAGAUGUGAUGUCGUGUAAACAUCCUAUAUUGUGUUUUACGGUGAUGGCAACGAUUAGCUCUGUGUUAACCCCUUGCUAUGGCCAGAUUCCAGACGCAAGCAUUUCAAUGCCAAAUGCCAAAAUUCAUCCGACGAUUGUCCGAUCCGGGAGGCUUGUAGUUGGGAAUAAAUUGGUCCUACUGAGAAGGGUGGGUUUCGAAGUAACCAAUGAUGAAUCCGCCACUUCUGACCGCAUCAAGACUCAAAACGGAUCUCUUGCAUUUGAGGCUGGUAAUCAGGCUGGACAGCCUGCAUCACAAGAAUGGCACAAGUUGGAUGCUAAACUCCAGCAUAUGGGGCCAUCAGUACAGUGUAGCAAUGAAACAAUGACUCUUCGGGUCAAAGGGGGAAGAGCUCCACAUUUUCUGGUCGACGGCGGUGAUGGGUCUCCUGUUCUUCCCCUGUCCCGAAUGCCAACUCACUGUGGCUUCUCUGUGAAGCGGUCACGCAGGGAUGUGUUUUUUGUCGCACCAUACCAAGGCUGCCAUGUCACUCAAGAGGGGGGUAACUAUGUUCUGCCACUCCGUCUGUGGGGGGCACCCAUGACCAUGUCUUGUCCUGUUGCACCACCCCCCCCUCCCUCUGUCUCCUGCUAUUUAUCUGGCAUGGUGGUGAAGCUUUCCAUGGCAGCGAAUGCUCUUCAAGUCAAAGUGUCUGGUGUGUGGGAGCCACUUCUCGCAAUCACCCAGCAAUGUGGCUUAACUAUUGAGCCAUUCUUUGGAGGAGUGGUGAUCACUGCACCAUACACAGGACCCUGUGUGGAGUUGGAGGAUGAUGAGCGUUUGCUUUUUAUGCUCUCGGGUGCUGGGGAGCUCACCCUCUCCUGCCCUGCAGGCCUCCCUCCAACUGAACCUGUUACGUCUGGAUACCCUCUGUUCUACCAGUUGUCCCAGUACCAUUUCCCUCCGUAUCCCCCCCAACCACCCUCGUCCCCAACAGCAGCCACUACCAUGUCUAAACAAACACAUUCCCUUAAACCUUCUAGCCAGGCCAUGCAUAUGCCACGUAAAGGAGACCCCCAGGUCCCACAAACACCUGAAUUCCACCCGUUUUACCCAUACCAUUUUCCUCCAUAUCCCCCUCAACGCUAUUUCCCAACAUCAGCCCCCACUACCUCACCUAAACACACAAAAUCCCCUCAACCUGUCACCCAGGUCCUGCAUAUGCCACCUAAAGCAGACCCCCAGGUCCCACAAACACCUGAAUUCCACCCGUUUUACCCAUACCAUUUUCCUCCAUAUCCCCCUCAACGCUAUUUCCCAACAUCAGCCCCCACUACCUCACCUAAACACACAAAAUCCCCUCAACCUGUCACCCAGGUCCUGCAUAUGCCACCUAAAGCAGACCCCCAGGUCCCACAAACACCUGAAUUCCACCCGUUUUACCCAUACCAUUUUCCUCCAUAUCCCCCUCAACGCUAUUUCCCAACAUCAGCCCCCACUACCUCACCUAAACACACAAAAUCCCCUCAACCUGUCACCCAGGUCCUGCAUAUGCCACCUAAAGCAGACCCCCAGGUCCCACAAACACCUGAAUUCCACCCGUUUUACCCAUACCAUUUUCCUCCAUAUCCCCCUCAACGCUAUUUCCCAACAUCAGCCCCCACUACCUCACCUAAACACACAAAUUCCCCUCAACCUGUCACCCAGGUCCCACAACCACCUGAAUUCCACCCAUUUUACCCGUACCAUUCACCAUAUCCCCCUCAACAACGCUAUUUCCCAACAUCAGCCCCCACUACCUCACCUAAACACACAAAUUCCCCUCAACCUGUCACCCAGGUCCCACAACCACCUGAAUUCCACCCAUUUUACCCGUACCAUUCACCGUAUCCCCCUCAACAACGCUAUUUCCCAACAUCAGCCCCCACUACCUCACCUAAACACACAAAUUCCCCUCAACCUGUCACCCAGGUCCCACAACCACCUGAAUUCCACCCAUUUUACCCGUACCCUUCACCGUAUCCCCCUCAACAACGCUAUUUCCCAACAUCAGCCCCCACUACCUCACCUAAACACACAAAUUCCCCUCAACCUGCCACCCAAGCCCUGCAUAUGCCACCUAAAGGAUACCCCCAGGUCCCACAAAUGUUUUACCCGUACCAUUUUACUACACAUCUCCCUCAACCUUAUUUCCCAUCAGCCUCCACUACCACACCUAAACAAACAAAUCAGGCCCUGCAUAUGCCACCUAAAGGAUACCCUCAGGUCCCACUGAGUUACCAGUUCCCCCAAUACAAUUUCGCAGGGUUUUUCCCUCAACGCUCUGUCCCAAGAGCACCCCCCAUAGCCAGCCAACUGGAUAACCAGAAUAACCCCCAGAAAUAUCAUUACUCAGAUUCCUCCUACCGUCAAAAGUCAGCCACUCCUUCAGUAACUGCUAGCACUAUCCCUGGCACCACACCCCAGGCCCAACCCAAGCAGCCCUUCAUGCAAUAUGACCAGCAUCCGAUGGUUCGCAGCUGGAAUCCAUAUGCUUCUGCUCUGUUCCCACCCCAUUAUGGAACGGUGCCGUAUCAUUAUCAAGGGCCUAGGGAGUAACUUAUGGUAGAAUCUACAGUUUCCAGACAUUACUUGUGAAGUGUAAAAUAAAUUAACUAAAUGUA